AUGUUGUCGAAUUACAGCGGAUCGGAGCCGAGACCCACUGGACUUGGAUUGUUACAUUGUACACUGCAACAUUUUCCUGUACGAAAACGUCUUCGAGUAUCGAUAUUGAAGAUUGAAGUUGAGAGAAAUAAGAGAUUCGCUUUUGGACUAGCCAUAAAUGCAUCUGCAAUGGAAGGUUUGCAAGUGCCUUUUUGCAAACCGAUUAAGAUUUUUCUGUUUGUGCACUUGAAAGUUGCAGAUGGCAUGGGAAUGCUUAGAGCAAAGUCUGGCUAA